GAAGGAAAGGGCGAGCCCCAGUCCCAGCCCACCCCGAGGUGCAGCAGCCGCGCGCCGCAGAGCACAGGCGAAACUCAGCACAGCAGUGAGUGUGCUGUGUCCCCCCGCUGCGAUCCCUGCUAUGGAGAGCCGGCCGGUGAAAGAGCCUGAGAUUGAGCUCUUUGUCAAGGCUGGGCUGGAUGGAGAGAACAUUGGGAACUGCCCCUUCUGCCAGCGCCUCUUCAUGGUGCUGUGGCUCAAAGGGGUGAAGUUCAACGUCACCACGGUGGACAUGACCAGGAAACCUGAAGAGCUAAAAGAUUUAGCACCAGGCACCAACCCACCCUUCCUGCUGUUCAACCGGGAGCUGAAAACUGACUUCAUCAAGAUCGAGGAGUUCCUGGAGCAGACCCUGUGCCCACCCACGUACCCGCAUCUGAGCCCCAAAUACAAGGAGUCCUUCGACGUGGGCAGUGACAUCUUUGCCAAGUUCUCGGCGUACAUCAAGAACUCACGCAAGGAAGCAAAUAGCAACCUGGAGAAGGCUCUGCUGCGGGAGUUUCAGCGGCUGGAUCAGUACCUCACCACCCCACUGCCUGAGGAGAUCGACCAGGACAGCAUGGAGGACAUCACCGUCUCCAAGAGGAAAUUCUUGGAUGGGGACCACCUGACGCUGGCUGACUGCAACCUGCUGCCCAAGCUGCACAUCAUCAAGAUUGCAGCCAAAAAGUACCGUGACUUCGAGAUCCCAGCUGACAUGACGGGUGUCUGGCGCUACCUCAACAACGCCUACGCCUGUGACGAGUUCAGCCACACGUGUCCUGCAGACGAGGAGAUCGUGCACACCUAUGCCAGCGUGGCCAGGAAGAUGACCUAGCCCCCUGCAGGACAUCGGUCCUUCACCUCCCACCAAACCCUGGCCAACAGAGGGGCUGGGGGAGGGGGGGUUGUGGCAUCCCUGCACCCCAGUUUUCGGAAAGAGCGCCUUGCUUUGCAGCCCCCACGUGCCACCAGCGCGGACCGUACCUAUGGACUGGUCACCGUGUGGCUGUGGGGGGAACCGUGUCCCCACCCCUACAAUUCACAUGGCACAUGGUGGGAAAAGUCAAGCACCAGCCUGUUGUGGAAGAGCUGAGAUCUCCCAGUGUGUCCCUGAGAUGGAAGAGAUGGAAGAGAUGGCACGUCCCUACAGGGUCCCACCGCCACCUGUGCUCGGGCUGUCUCUUCUCCUGAGGCAUCCAGGCUCCAACAAGCUCUUCCCCUACAAUUUAUCUGUGGCAAUAAUCGACAGUGUGCAUCCAUCUCCUCAAUUGGACAGCAGGGCAGGGAGAUGCUGGGGACAGCACCAGGGAUCUUCUGGUGGCUGGGAAAGAAGAGCUUUGUGGGUUCUCCUAAGAGAUCCGCAGCUCUGGGGUAUUCCAGCACUUGGCACUGGCUACGAGGCUCCAACUGGCUCUGAGACCUUGGUGGGCCCCAGGGGAGAUGCAGCUCCACCUCCCUGCUCUGCAUCAGCCCCUCCCCACCUAACCUGGAGAGAGGCACAGGGCAGAGCAUCCUUCUGCUUUCUGCAAUGCAGCCCCAGGCAGAAGCUGCUGUGUCCAUAGGAGAUACCUGGACAGCUUUGGUCCUACCCGUGCUCCCUGGUUAGCAUUGUUCCUCCCAUUCCAGUGCCAGAGAAGUCAAACCCCCAACCUCCCUCCCCAUGCCUCCAGAUCCUCCCAGGGCUCCCACCAACACAGUCAACCCCCUCCAGCCCCCACGGCCAGCAACAAAUACUGUACAGUGAGUGUGAGGGUCCCAUGCAGACCCUCGCUGGCAGAGCCACCCGCCAGCUCUCACUGCCACCUCCCUCUUUGCACUAAAAGGUGUGUCCUUGCAAGCCUGCUUCUGGUAGCACAGGGUUUGGGGACUGUUGUUUUUAUAUUGAUGAGUUUUGGGUUGUUUGGUAUUGUUUGAUUUUUCUCUUUUUUUUAAUUGUAACUAAAGACAGCAAUAAACUCUAUUUUAAUAUGC